AUGUCGAUUGGUAAAAUAUCGGAAUUUAAAGUGGCCACAGACAAUUGGAAACUAUAUGUGGAAAGGCUCGAACAAUUCUUUGUUGUGAACAAAAUAUCAAGUGAGCUACAUGUACCUACAUUAAUCACGGUUAUGGGGGCGGAGAGUUAUGAACUACUCGUGAGUUUGUGUACCCCGGAAAAACCCACAUCAAAAACGUUUUUAGAGCUAACAAAAAUUUUGGAAAAUUACCUUCAACCAAAACCCAGCGAGCUGGCGGAAAGAUUUAAAUUCCGACAAAGAAAACAAAGGGAUGGUGAAAGUAUAUCAGAAUAUGUAACGGACCUAAAGAAAAUGUCGAAAACUUGCGAGUUUGGUAGCUGGUUGCAAGAAAGUUUGCGCGAUCAGUUCGUAUGCGGUAUCAGUAGUGAAACAAUUCGGCAGAGAUUAUUUGCCGAAAGCAAACUAGACUUUGGCAAGGCUUAUCGAUUAGCCGUGAGUAUGGAGGCGGCGGAGAAGGAUGCAGCCAGCGUCGAUGUGCAUCCGAAAAUAUCUGGAGACUCGAGCGCAUCCACAAACUGCUACGCGAUGGUCAGUACAAGACGGACCGGGCGCGCGAUCGGUUGUGACGGCGAGCGGCGCGCGGGCAGUAAGGGCGAGGUCAGGAUGCGUGGCAGAGCAUCCAGGAUAGCAGCAGCAACGCCCACCGGGCCGAGGGUAUCAACAUCGGUGCUGGAUGAUCGACGACGACACCAGCGCGAGUGUCGCGCGUGCGGUAAUGCACACGAUGUAGUGACCUGCAAGUUUGCUCGCUACGUGUGUCGAGUGUGCAAUAAACAAGGGCAUUUACAAAGGAUGUGUCCUUAUCUAGCAGGACAACACAGCCUCGACGUGGUGCAGAGUGAGACUGACAGUUUAUUAAACAGUGAAGUAAGUGACGAGGUAAUGGUUUGCAUUAAUCAAUUAAGCGUUAGUCAUUACAAACCAUUGUUUAUAUCAUUAACAGUACACGGUAGGGAUGUUCAAAUGGAAUGUGAUACAGGCAGUGCCGUUUCAUGUAUUAGCUACGAGUUAUAUAAACAACAAUUCAGUAACCUAAAACUGAAUAUGUGUCCUUUGUUGCUAAGGUACUAUACGGGUGAACAAGUGAAACCUGUAGGUGUGAUAAGGCCUUUAGUAAAGUACAAAGAUAAAGAAAAGCAUCUCGAUUUAUAUGUUAUUAAAAAUGGUAAAAGUAUAUUGUUAGGCAGACAAUGGUUGGCAGAACUCAAUAUACAGUUACCCCCAUUUGGAAGCUUAAACUGUUUAUCGAAUGAUGUUUUUAACUUAAACGAUUUCAGUUCCAGAUAUUGUAAGGUGUUCGCGGACGGCCUGGGACGGUUCACUGGGCCGCCGGUGAGCAUCCGUGUGCGGGAGGGAGCGCAGCCCGUGUUCAUGCGAGCGCGUCCGCUGGCUUAUGCGUUACGUGCACCCGUGGAGCGCGCACUCGAGCAGCUGAUGGCGGACGGUAUUCUCACACCCGUCGACCGCUCCGACUGGGCGACUCCCAUUGUGCCCGUAGUGAAAAAAGACGGUAACAUUAGGAUUUGCGCCGAUUAUAAGUUAACUUUAAAUAAAGUUAUAGAAGUCGACCGUUAUCCUUUGCCUAGAGUAGAAGACUUACUGGUACGUUUACAAGGGGGGCAGAGGUUCAGUAAAAUUGACCUUUCACAAGCUUACGCACAAUUUGUACUUGACGAAUCUGCCAAAUAUACGGUGAUCAACACACAUAAAGGUUUGUUUAGGUAUAACCGCUUAGUAUACGGCUUAUCAUCAAGCCCUGGCAUUUUUCAAAAACAUUUAGAGCAAUUAUUUAAUCUACCGUAUGUAGGCGUAUUUUUGGACGAUAUAAUUAUUACAGGGCGCAACACAGAGGAGCAUAUUAGUAAUUUACAUAAAGUAUUUGACCGUUUGCAGUCGUACGGACUUCGAGUUAAAAAGGAAAAGUGUGUAUUUUUUGCUGAAUCAGUCAAUUACUUAGGUUAUGUAAUUAGUAAGGAUGGUAUUCACACUUGUCCGGAUAAGAUUAAGGCAAUAGUAGACACUCCCGUUCCUACGAACGUGCGCAAUGAACUAUAUUUAGAUAACGGGUCGAUUAUGUGGGGGUAUAGAAUGGUAAUACCUUCAUAUUUACGUCCAAUUAUUUUAAAACAACUACACAGCAGCCACAUGGGUAUUGUGAAAACUAAGGGGCUGGCACGGAGUUAUGUGUGGUGGCCGAACAUCGAUGCGGAUGUGGAAGCGCUAUGCCGAAGCUGCGAGACCUGCGCCUCUGAGGCGGACGCCCCGCCGCGCGCGCCUCCUAACCCCUGGCCCUACUUGCCUCCCUGGUCUAGAGUUCACAUAGACUUCCUAGGACCGUAUAAAGGUAAAACUUAUUUAGUUUUAAUAGAUUCGAGCUCGAAAUGGCUUGAAAUUAUUGAAGUAGCGCGAACGAAUGCGACUUCCAUUGUUAAGGUGCUGAGGUCAAUAUUUGCAAGAUUCGGUUUGCCCUUAGAACUAGUGUCUGACCAGGGACCGCCUUUCACAAGUAUUGAAUUUAAAAGUUUUUUGAAAAAUAAUGGCAUUCAGCAAAGGUUUUCACCGGCGUACCACCCUGCAUCUAAUGGGGCAGCGGAAAAUGCUGUUAAGCUGUGUAAGAGGGCAAUUAAAAAGGCUUAUAGGGAUGACGUAGAUAUUGAUACCGCCCUACAAACCUUUUUACUAAGCUAUCGCAACAGUAAGCAAAGCUCCACGGGUGAGAGCCCAGCGAUGCUGCUGCAGCGACGUUCUUUGCGUUCACGGUUGGAUUUACUUCGCGGUGGGUACGUGGUGCAAGCGCGUGUGCUCGAUGCUCAGCAGCGUCAAGUCGAAUAUGCGGGUGGUGUUCCGCGUAAUUUCUCUUUGGGAGACACCGUCUGGAGUAGGGACUACGGCACCCGAGAUAAAUGGGUCAAGGGCACGGUAGCCCAUAAAGAAGGUUCUGGAAGAUACGUUCUCGACAAUGGUGACGGUCGACUUAUUAAAAGACAUAUUGAUCAAAUAAGACGUAGGUCGCGCUUAUCCGAUAUUACCUGUCCAGAUAUCACUAAUGAGGUCGAUGAAAAGGAUGAGGAUGAGUUUGCAGAUGCGUCUUCAGAGUUGCAAACGGAGGUGGCGGUUUCGGCUGGAAAAUAUGACGUGGAUACCGAGCACGUGGCAGAUACGCAAUGUCCCAGCGAGACUGUACCAGGCCCCGCCACUCCUCCACAACCACCGCCACCGUCGCGGCCAGUGACCCGUUCCAGGCGAAUCCGAAAACCCGUAAUUAAAUUCCAAUGUUAG